AUGGCUCCGAAAGCGAAAGACAAAGCAAGGCCCCCCGCCGCCGCCGCGGCCCCCGCGAUUGCCGUCGAAGACCUCUUCACAACCCUCAAUCGCCAUAUUCAACGGUCGGAAUACGACCUAGCCAUCAAAGUCUCAGAUCAAGUUAUUUCUAUUGCUCCGGGAGAUGAGGAUGCGAUUAGGUGUAAGGUUGUGGCUUUGAUUAAGAACGACAGCAUUGACGAUGCUUUAUCGGCAAUCGAAACCUAUUCUAAGAAGUCGUCCAUCGAUUUCAGUUUCUUCAAGGCAUACUGCUUAUAUCGGAAAAAUAAGUUGGAUGAUGCUCUGGGAUCUUUGAAAGGGCAAGAAGGAAACUCUGCUGCUAUGUACUUAGAAUCACAGAUAUUAUACCGUUUAGGAAAAAUGGAUGCUUGUGUUGAUGUAUAUCAAAAGCUUCAGAAGUCGAAGGUAGAUUCCUUGGAAAUAAAUUAUGUUGCCGCAUUGGUUUCUGCUGGGAGGGCUACUGAAGUUCAGGGGAUUAUGGAUGCUCUCAGAGUUAAGCCAACGAACAGCUUUGAGCUGGCUUACAAUGUUGCCUGCUCAUUGCUAGAAAGAAACAAGUACAAAGAUGCAGAGCAACUGUUGCUUUCUGCUCGAAGAAUUGGACAGGAAACACUAAUGGAAGAAAAUUUAGCUGAUGACGACAUAGAAAUUGAGUUGGCACCUAUUACUGUUCAGCUAGCCUAUGUUCAACAGGUCCUAGGAAACACUCAAGAAGCAUUUGAAUCUUAUUCCAGUAUGAUAAAGAAAAAUCUGGCAGAUGAAUCAUCAGUUGCUGUGGCAAUAAGCAACCUCAUCGCACUAAAAGGUCCCAAGGAUGUAUCUGACGGCCUCAGAAAACUCGACAAGCUGAUAGAGAAAGGUGAAGGGCCUCUGCCCUUCCAUCUUGCUCGUGGCCUUGACCUAAAGCUUUCUCAAAAGCAAAGAGAGGCAAUAUACGCUAACCGUCUCUUGUUGCUACUUCACUCUAAUAAGUUGGAUCAGGCCCGAGAACUUGCUCUCGUGCUUCCAGCCAUGUUCCCAAACAGUAUAACCCCACUUCUCCUCCAAGCCGCCGUGCAUGUACGUGAGAACAAAGCCAACAGGGCCGAGGAGAUACUCGGCCAGAAUGCAGCCAAAUUCCCAGAGAAGUCGAACACAAUCCUUCUCGCGCGGGCCCAGAUAGCUGCUGCUGCGGGCCACCCUCAGAUAGCUGCUGAGUCCCUCCUGAAAAUUCAUGACAUCCAGCACAAGCCCACAACAGUGGCCACAGUCGUCUCGCUCAAGGAACGAGCUGGCGAUAUUGACGGCGCAGAUGCCGUCUUCGAAUCCGCCAUAAAAUGGUGGUCAAAUGCAAUGACUGAAAACAACAAGCGCGAUGUGAUAGUGCGAGAAGCUGCCUCAUUUAAGCUCAGACACGGGAAAAAGGAAGAAGCCGCCCGUCUGUAUGAGGAGCUGGUGAGGAGCAGCAAUAGUAUCGAAGCUUUGGUGGGCCUUAUCAAAACUGCUGCUUAUACGAAUGUUGAGAAGGCGGAGUCUUACGAAAAGCAGUUGAAACCGCUUCCGGGUUUGAAAGGAAUUGAUGUCGAGAGUCUGGAGAAGACAUCUGGGGCAAAGCACGUCGAUAACGGGGUCUCAGCAGGUGUUGGUGAAACUUACGAGCCGAAAGCGAAGGAGAAAAAUAAGAAGAAGAGAAAGAGAAAGCCCAAGUACCCGAAAGGAUUCGACCCGGCAAACCCAGGCCCACCGCCGGAUCCGGAGAGGUGGCUUCCGAAGAGGGAGAGGUCGAGCUAUAGGCCCAAGAGGAAGGAUAAGAGGGCCGCUCAGGUUAGGGGAUCCCAGGGUGCUGUUGCUAAGGAGGCUCCUGGUGGUGUCAACUCAAAGACGAAUGUCAAUUCUAAGGAAACUUCUCAGAAUGCAGGCACUGAGCAAAACAAGCGUUCGUCAAAGUCGAAGAAGAAAUCGAGGAAUUAG